AUGGGGCAGGAUAGCGCGUACGUCGUGGUGCUCUACUACAAAUACGUGCGUCUGUGCGAGACGCGAGAGGAGCUGAAAGCCUUUGCGGCUGCCCAUGACCAGCUGUGCUCGUCCUUGGGAGUCACCGGUCGCGUGCGACUCGCACUGGAAGGCAUCAACGGAACGUUGGGCGGUUCUAGCGCCAAUGUGCAGAGCUACAUCGACACAAUGAAGCAGCAGCCGCAAUUCGCCGACGUGGACUGGAAGACCAGCUCGUCGCGAGUGGAGCCGUUCCCGGAGCUACAUGUGCGUGUAGUAGCGGAGAUUGUGGCCCUGGAACUGCCGGACGACGCCUACGACUUAAGUCUGCGCGGCAAACACUUGACUCCAGAGCAAUUCCGGUCCGAACAAUUGAGCUCCGACGCCGAAUCUAUCGCUCUCAUUGACGUCCGUAACACGUACGAGUUCAACGUCGGUCACUUUGAGGGGGCUUUGAACCCCAAAACUCGUCGCUUCGGACAAUUCCCGCAGUGGGUUCGAGACGAGCUGCCUAUGCUACAGCAGAAGGACAAGGUGCUCAUGUACUGCACAGGUGGUAUCCGUUGCGAGAAGGCUUCGGCUUAUCUGAAGCACUUGGGUCUGGAGAACGUCUAUCAGCUGGAAGGAGGCAUCCACCGCUACCUCGAGCGCUUCCCGGACGGCGGAGGUCUCUUCCAAGGCAAGAACUUCGUCUUCGACCAGCGCGUGACUGUGGCGUCCGAGGACAAGACAGUAACGGGGCAAUGUGAGCGCUGCCAGGUGCCGCACGAUACGUUGCCGGGAACUCGUUGCGCCUACUGCCGCAUGCACGUGCUGCUCUGUGAAUCGUGCCGCGAGAGUGCGAAAGCUCGUGGAGAGACCGACGAAGACGUCUUCUGUGACGAGCAUUCACCGUUGGUCUCCGGAUCACUGGGAGACCUUGAAACACGCUUCGAGGUACUCCAAGAUUCGCUGUCGAACGAGCAGGGUCGAGGCAAGAAGGGACGCCGUCGUUCACUACGCAAGCAGCUUGACACUGUUGAGCGCCGGAUACAGCGCCUAGCUACUGCUUAA